AUGAUUUUGGAAUCAAUAUUGGAGGAAUAUGAGGAUACGCUAAAUGACUUCCAGGAAGAUGCAUUGGCCCAGUAUGCCUGGGAGCAGGAUUUGGAGCGUACCUGGGAAAAACUAAUAGAAAAUGAUGGGGAAUUAAAAUUUAGCCAAUCUACAAAAGCACGAAAAAAUAUAGAUAGACCAAUUGAUAGCGGAGUCAGUGAUGGCAAUAAUAUAAUCGUAAAACGGGGAAUCAUUAGAAACAUAUUGAUCCUGUUUGAUUUGAGCGAUAGGAUGAGGGACAUAGAUUUCAAGCCAAACAGACUGCAUACAGCUGUAGCACAGACUUCAAAAUUCAUAAGGGAACUCUUUUAUCAGUGCCCUAUUUCUCAGGUGGGAAUUGUUGCUAUGAAAAACAAAUUGGCAAAGUUAAUCUCUCCAUUUGGCUCAAAUACUGAUGAACAGAUUAGUAGGCUUAAUGAUUUGUUAUCUGAUGGACCAGAGGGGGAUAUCUCACUUCAGAAUGCAUUAGAAAUGUCAAUAUCUUUACUGGAUGAUGUGCCUCAGUAUACGACAAGAGAGAUUCUAAUAGUCUUUGGCUCCAUUAAAACUUGCGAUCCUGGAAAUAUAUUCGCAACCAUUAAAAGAUUAAAAAAGCAUCAUAUUACAGUAGAUGCAAUAUCUUUAUCGUCAGAGUUAUACAUACUCAAGCACAUAUGCACUGAAACGAAUGGGUCCCAUUCAGUGGCAAUUGAUACCCAUGAUUUGACAUCCUUGUUUAAUAUUUAUACUAAUCCUCCCAGAUGGCAAGAUGGAAUGCUGCCUAUACUGGUGAAAGUUGGAUUCCCCUCUCUCACCAAGUCAAACACAGCUUCCCUUUGUGUGUGCCACGGGAAAUUAGUAUUUACAAGUUACACUUGUCCCCAAUGCAGUGCUAUAACUUGUAACAUCCCUUCUAGGUGCAAGUGUUGCCAAAUUUACCUCGUUUCCCCUGCAGAUGUUUGUCGUGGGUUUCAUCAUUUAUGUGCACCUCCCGAAUUCACGAACGUCCCAGCAGAUAUACUGGGGGGGUGUGACACCUGUGCUUCUUGCAGCGUUGAACUUAAGAAUAGUGUUAUGUACAGCGGUGAAGAUAGAGCUAAGCAAUGCCCCGGGUGUAUGAAGAUUUUUUGCAGAAUUUGUGACGAAUUCAUACAUGGUACGCUACAUCAGUGUCCAUUUUGUAUUAAGUUGAUCAAACCAGUCGUCUAA